GCGCGACGAAGACAGAGUUACAGUCGUUUUAAAACCAACAACGACUUGUCGUGGAUUAAACUGAAUAAAACUACAAGAUGCAGUCGGUGGUCAGACACAAUCUCCACUCUGACAGUGAAGGAGCCGUCAAUAAGUUGAUCCAUAUCAAGCUUGCAGCAUCUUACACCUACCUUGCUCUGGGUAUGUAUUUUGACCGGGACGAUGUAGCUCUGCCCAAUUUCUCUAGUUUUUUUCUGGAGCGUUCAAAGAAAGAGAGGGAUCAAGCAGAGGAUCUGCUGGAAUAUCAGAACAAAAGGGGUGGAAGAAUCCUGCUUCAGACAAUCACAAAACCAAGCCGUGAGGAUUGGAAAGAAGGCCUGGAUGCCAUUUCUUUCUCCCUGGAAUACCAGAAAUCUCUCAAUGCGUCUCUACUGAAUAUCCACGGCAUUGCAGGAAAACACACAGACCCUCAUCUGUGUGACUUUCUGGAGAAUAACUUCCUACAAGACAGCCACGACACCAUUAAGAAACUGGGCGACUACAUGAGCAGUUUGACACGUCUUACCUCCAGCGAUGGCAACGGCCACAUGGGAGAAUACCUGUUUGACAAACACACUCUGUAAACACUUGUAAGCCCUCCAUCACACUGCUGCUGCAGCUCUUUUGUAUGGCAACCGACUCAUCAGUUUUGUAAACUCACAUUCGGGCAUUGUCGAACGCAGGAGGUACAGUAAUAGUAAUGACAUUUAGGAAUAAGGUUUAGAUAUGAUGCAUUUCACAUGGUCUUUGUCAAAUCUAGGUUUUGUAGUUACAGACUAGCAAACUAAACAAGUGUUUGACAUGCAUCAUAAAUGGAUGACACAAAGUGAAAAUAAAAUAAAACAUAAGCUUUAUUAUGUAAAGUAACAGAGUUUGUUACAUGGUUCACAGGAGCCUACAGGUCUAUUGUCAACCACCGUCAUUGUAUUCUUUUGAAAUUAUGAAAAACUACUAACAAAAUAAAGCCAAAUUAUUUCAAACUA